AUGAAACAGGGCGGUAGAGAGCAGCGGGCUGGCCCUCUUCGGAGCCGUCUGGAGGAAGAGCCCGAUGGGGUAAGCUGUGGAGCGAGCGGCGCAGCCCCCCGAGAUGGCACCGCAAGACUUGUCUCGAGCUCUGUCAGAAGGGAAAGGAGAAGCAUUAGCUUGGACGGUGUUCGUACACGUCCCGCAGCCUCUCCAAAACGAGAUGGGAGAACACGAUGGAGUGACGAUGAUAAUAUUAUGUUGAUGCGUGUUCAUUUUGUAGCUAGGGAAUUGGAACGGAAUACGGACUUUACUUAUAGGAAUAUACUUACGCAGACCUGGAAUGAUAUAAGACCGGAUAGACAAUUGUAUGCUUCGCUCUUGGCCAACCGAGUGAGAUGGUUGUUGGAAGAGGAAAAGUGUACUCAAAUUGAGCUUGAAAAUAUCAGAAUGAGCUGUCACCCAAGGGGGGCAGUUCCUGGGUCUGAUGGUGAACCACCAGUAGAGAAUGUAAGCCUCAGACCAGAGGAACAGAAGAAAACCAGCAAAUUGGAGGAAAAACUGAUCAGAAAUUUUGUGCGAUUCUCUGGUGUAGCAGCUGAAAGUAGACUUGCUGUCCCAAGAUUAAAGGGAUCUAGGAAAAUGCUGGAGAAGGUUGAGGCUGUGAAUACGAUCUUGCUGAAACUGAUACAGCCAGCAGACACCCUUCAGGUCAUGGUCGACUAUGUCUACGCCGCGGCCAUUACUGUCUGCGGUGAGAUGGGAGUGGAGAUCAGAGGACCACGAGUACCCAAAAAAGAUCAAACUCCACCAUGGAAAGGACGCCUUGAGACAAAAAUACAGGAGAUCCGAAAAAAAAUAGGAGUGUUACAAGCUUACCUGUCCAAUAGUCAACCAUCAACUAGAGUCUCUAAGUUGGCCCGCCGAAUAGUGUCGCACUUCGGGAUCCGAACGGGAAGCGCACAGCUCAGAGACCAAAUGAGUGCAGUGUCAGAAAAGCUGAAACAAAAAAUAAAAAUAUUAGGAAACCGAGUUAAACGCUACAACGAAAGAGUAAUGAGAUAUAAGAACAACAAAUUAUUCCAUCAGAAUCAACAGAAGUUCUUCAGAAGUCUGGAGGAAAAACCACUAGAAAGAGGAAAAGCUCCCACAAAGGAAGCAAUGCAUCUGUACUGGAAGGGAGUAUGGGAAAGUGAAAAACAAUACGACGAACAAACCGCAUGGAUCAGGGAAGCCGAGAAAGACACAGUUAAGUACACGAGAGAAUGCUUGGAGAUCACCGAGCUAGACAUGAAGUCGGUGCUCCAAAAAACGAAUAAUUGGUCGGCCCCGGGUGUAGAUGGUGUGCAGAAUUAUUGGUGGAAAUAUUUCACGUCCACCCAUCGUCAUUUAGCCAAACUCUUUCAGGAGGCUCUGCACAAUCCGAACAUAAUACCCCGAUUUUUCACGCUGGGAAAAACUGUGAUGAUCCCAAAAGGUAAAUCCACAACAGAUCCUAAAAAUUAUAGGCCGAUAACUUGCCUGCCUACUGUUUAUAAGAUUCUGACGGGUGUUUUAACGCGUCAGCUCUGGAAACAUAUCAAUAAAAACAAAAUUCUGGCUCCUGAACAGGGUGGAUGCAGAGGAAAUUCGCGAGGAUGUGAAGAAAUUCUUACAACAGAUUAUGUCAUCACCAAACAAGCCAAAAAGAAACAAAGGAACAUCUCAGUCGCUUGGGUGGAUUAUAAAAAAGCGUUUGACUCGGUCCCUCACCCUUGGCUUAUAAAGGUUCUGAGAUUAUAUGGGGUUCCGGAAGAAAUGAUAAAGCUCUUGGAGUGCUUGAUGAAAUCUUGGCGAACUAAUCUUACUUUUGAAUCUGAAAACCAGCAACUAAAAACAGAUACGAUAAACAUCAGAAGAGGUAUCUUCCAGGGAGACACCCUUAGCCCCCUAUGGUUCUGUUUGGCAAUGAACUUUUUAAGCCAACUCAUUAAGAAACAAAAGUACGGGUACAUAUUGGAGAAAGAGCGCAAUGUUAAGAUCAGUCACCAAAUGUAUAUCGAUGACCUCAAAUUGUAUGCAGCCAACGAGGAAGAAAUGAAGAGGCUUCUGAAGAUCGUCACCGCUUUCACGAAGACUAUUGGAAUGGAGAUUGGAACGGACAAGUGCGCGGUAGUUCAUGUAAAGCGGGGAAAAAUACAGCAGGGCGACGGGCUGAUGGUUAUGGAAGACAUAACAAUACCAAGGUUGGGAUCGCACGAGCACUAUAAAUAUCUUGGAGUACAGCAGGCUCUGGACAUAAAAACGACUGAAAUGAAAAAUAUCUUUCGAGGCAGGAUGGAGGACGAGGACUACAGAACAUAG